AUGAGACGUACAUAUCUGCUUGCACAUAUUUGCAUGUUUGUAUGGCUACCCGCUCGUUUUUAUUCGUUGAAUGUUCGAGCGUUACCCCGAUCGUUUCAACGUUACGGAGUGAUUCAAAUUGCCGCCCAACAUUUGGUAAUGUUUGUUCGGCUUGUUUUACGCUUCACUUACAAUGGACGUGCGGAAGUAGUUAUUCAGUGA